GUUCCGCCGUGCCCUCAGCCUGAAGUCCAGCUGUGCCCAGUGCCACGCCAGCCUGCCCCUGCUGCGCUGCCUGCAGUUCUACCCCUUCCUCUACAACCUCCAGCGCCCACCCUGCACACAGGAAUCCGGCUGUGAUGGCGAGGAGGAGCUGGAACUGCCGAUGGAGGACUGGGAAGCCGGCGGCAGUGACCGGCGGGACGGGUCAGAAGGACGCCCACCGCCCAUGGCCGCUGUGGAGGACUCCCUGCUCUUUGAGAAGGUGGUGCUAGACAGUAACGGCUCUGGCGAGGCCGGGCAGCAGGAGAAGAAGGGCGCAGGGGAGGCCGUCUCCAGGGAGGGCAAGAGGCCUGGCGAGGAGGAGGACUGGCACCUGAAGGAGGAGCUCAUGGGGGCGUUCGAGGGCGCGCUGGACGUCGGGGGCAAGAGGGGAGACCUGCGGGGCAUCCGCGUGCUGAAGAACGACCGGGUGAUGGGCGGCCGCACGGGAGGCCCCUGCUUCGGCAACUGUGAGGACGACGAGGGGGCAGAGUGGUCAGGCGGCGUCUCAUCCUGGGCUCUCCCCGCUCCACAGAUCACAUUCCAGGUGAAGCGUGUGAGGAAGCCCAAGGCGGAGGCUGCAGAUGGCUGGAUCCAGGACGAGGGCUUCCACCAGGGGGAGCCGUCAGCUGCUCACUCCGUCCUGGAGAUUAGUGGACCCACCAUUCCAUCUCCCGGACCUGCUGGCCGCUGGCGGGACUACACCAGUCUGGGCUGGCCCGGUCCGGAGGAGUGCCAACGCACACGUCGCGUGGACCUGACCACCGUGGCCAGCACCUGGCUCGCCGUGUCCGCCAAGAACAUCGACAUCACAGAGCACAUCGACUUUGCCACCCCGCUUCAGGAGCCGGCCGUGGAGCCCGUGUGUAACGCCAACCUGCCCGCCAGCAUGCACACGCUGGACCACCUGGGAGGGGUGGCGAAUCGCGGAGGCAUCCAUUACACCGGGGAGAGCCAGCUUCGUGAGGUGCUGCAGAAUCUUGGCAAAGACAAAUAUCCACCUCAGUCCUUUGAGCAAGUGGGCACCCGCAUAGCCAAAGUCCUUGAGAAGAAUCAGACAUCAUGGGUCCUGUCCAGCAUGGCGGCGCUGUACUGGAGGGUCAAAGGUCAGGGCAAGAGAGCCGUGGACUGUCUGCGCCAAGCACUGAACUACGCCCCACACCACAUGAAGGACGUCCCCCUCAUCAGCCUGGCCAACAUCCUCCAGAACGCUCGGCUUUGGGAGGACGCCCUGACCGUGGCCCGCAUGGCCGUGGAGAUCGCGCCGCAUUUUGUGGUCAACCACUUCACCCUCGCCAACGUCUACAUCGCAAUGGAGGAGUUUGAAAAAGCAAUGCACUGGUAUGAGUCCACUCUGAAGCUUCAGCCGGAGUUCGCCCCCGCCAAGGACCGCCUCCGCACUAUCCAGUGCUACCUGCUCACCAAGAGGGAGCGCCGUGGCCCGUGAGACUGGACCGCAGGGGACCGAGAGAGGGGCCCAGUGGCCAGGCCUAUCCAUUCUCUCUCAUGUCUCAUACAUGGAGAGACUCAUCCAUACAGUUAGACACAAAUACGCAGCGCACACACACUUAAACACACGUACACUACAGAUCCAAAUAAGAAGACAUACGCAGACCUGUUUUUAGAUACCCUUGAGAAGUGAAAUGUUUGAUUUGUUUUAUUCAGAAUUUGUGCUUAAAAGUCCAUAAUAUCAUAUCAUAUUGUUUCAAAUGGCUUUUUGGGGAAAAUCUUAAGGGCAAAGAGUGUUUGCUCCUCCUCUCUUCUCCUAAUCAACUUAAAUAACUGUUCCAUGUCUUCAGGUUUUCUGACUUAAGCCCAUCAUUUGCACUGGGUGGUGGACUGCCCUGCUGAUUUAAGCAGUGUCCAGGCACAAUGUGCAGUAAUCUUAUGGCACUCGUAGAAGAGUUCAGAGUCACAUGCGCUGAAUGUGCAGCCUCCUUUGACCAGAACAUACUGGACCUACAGCUCCGGCCUUGGCCCUCAUUAGACAACAUUGCUCUGUCUCAGACUCAGAAUGCAACCUUCUCCAGGUGAUCUACAGUCUACGGACGGCUCCUGGUGUAAUGUUGGUCUUCAGGGGUAAGGUCUAGUUACUAGAACCCUUUCAUGUGUGCCAAAUGAGGUGACCCCGUUUCCUUUCUGCUCUCCUCUCCAACCAGGCCUUUGUUCCCAGCUGCGUAAAAGACCGGUACGAGGGGUAUGUUAUGGAUGUGUGUUCAGGGGUUAGCAGUGUUCUCAAGUGGGCACCCACCACUCUCUCCCAGACUGGAGGGCUUGGCUUCUUGCACAAGCGUAAAUGCCAUACUGAGACUUGGUCGAAUUUCCACAGAGUUGCUGGCACCCCCCCCCCCCCAUCCCUUUGACCACUAAGGCAAUCCCCGCCGUCUGUUUAGCAUGGAGAGUUGAAAAAGUGUCUCAGGCUUGACCACAGACCAGCAAGCUCAUUUUAUUCUUUUAUAAGAGAUGUAUGUCUGCCAGAUUUGGCAGCCGCAGUCAUGGUGUAAAAGGGAUGUUUAAGAUUCAAGCCCAAAUGAAUAGGGAAGUAAUAAAAUAAUCCGGUUUGAUCAUUUCUGUUAAGAUCAGCACACAAUAUGCAAACAAUAUGUGAACUGAAAUUGUUCAUCCUUUGGAGAUUCAGACUCAGAUUCCAGUCUAACUGAUUGCUCUACAUGGAUUUAUGAAAGUGAAAGCCACAAUUCUACUGCUGCUGUUCAAACUUGAAAAGGGUACCGUAUUGGUCAUCAUGUUUGCACCCAUUUCAUGAUCAUUCCAUGGGUAUGUGGGACCUAAAAGAGUGAACAUGUGACGUUGGAAGUGAUGUUCAUGCAUAACGUUAAAGAGAUAAUGUGCUUUUCUGUUUGCUCUUAUUUAAGAAACUGAAAAAAAAACCCGAUUGGUUGCUUUAGAUCAUUCAAAAAUGACUUAAUUUAAAAUCUGAUUUACAGUGUUGUAUGUAUUUAGACAGUGAAUACCUUUUCUCAUUGGCUCAAAAAUUCAGUAUAUCCAUUGUCUUUGUACGAACAUCAAAAGCUUGUUGGAAAAUAAAUACCAGGGUUUUUCUAACCCUGUGAGUGGAGGAA